CUAAUGCUAUGGGUCCCCGGGGGCAGCUCGGGUAUUUAUACAACGACCGGCUUGUUAUCAAUCUGCUCUGGUCUCGACUAGUACCCUAUCUCACUGAUUUUUAUCGAGACAUAUUAUUGUGACAUUGACUUUCUCGCCAUGUCUCUUGCUCAGAAUCACUAUGUGAUACAGCUUCCUAAGACCCCUGCUCCUGUCGGUCAGCUAGAGCCACGCGCUAUCGCUCAACGAUGGAUCACCGAUCUGGAGUCCCUCCUCAGCGCGGGAAAUUUCUCCCAGCUCCCAGCUCUCUUCCACGAGGAUUCCUGGUGGAGAGAUAUGCUCGCAUUAGUCUGGGACCUGCGCACGAUUCAAGGCCGUGAGAAGAUCCAGGAGUUCCUGGCCGCACACCAGCCCGGCGCAGGUAUUUCCGCUCUGCGUCUGCAGAAUGAGGGCAAGUACCAGCCGAAUCUGGAAUCCCCCGCGGAGGGACUGAAUUGGAUCAACUCCAUGUUCUUCUUCGAGACCCGGAUCGGACGCGGCACGGGGAUUCUUCAUCUGACGCAGAACGAUGCGGGCGAGUGGAAAGCGUACUCGAUGUAUACCACUUUGCAGGAAUUGAAGAGCUUUGAGGAGCCAUUGGGGGCUCGGAGAGCUGAUGGGACUAUUGAGUCGAUGCCCGGUGGUCUCAGCCAGGGCAAUUGGAUUGAACGACGCCAGCGAUUGAUCGAGUUCAAGGAAGAGGAGCCGACUGCUCUUGUCGUUGGUGCUGGCCAGGCAGGUCUCAACAUGGCUGCUCGACUCCAAUCCCUCGGGGUGUCACAUCUCAUCGUCGACCGGAACGAACGAAUCGGUGACAACUGGAGGAAGCGAUACAGGACCCUCGUGACCCACGACCCCGCAGAGUUCACCCAUAUGGCCUAUCUCCCCUUUCCCAAGAACUGGCCGCAAUACACCCCGAAGGAUAAGCUAGGAGACUGGUUCGAGGCCUACGCCAGUAUCAUGGAACUGAACGUCUGGCUCCAAACCUCCGUCAAAUCUGCCGAGUACGAUGAUGCCACAAAACAGUGGACUGUGACUGUGGUCCGCGGCGACGGGAGCGAACGUAUCCUUCAUCCCCGCCAUCUGAUCUGGUGCACUGGUCACUCCGGCGAGCCCUUGGUCCCCAGCUUCCAAGGCCAGUCAAACUUCAAAGGCACAAUCUACCACGGUAGCCAACACGAUGAUGCAUCUCGCCAGGACGCCGCAGGCAAAAAGGUCGUGGUAGUCGGCACCGGCAACAGCGGCCACGACAUUGCGCAGAACUUCUACGAGAACGGUGCACAGGUGACGAUGCUCCAGCGGCGUGGGACAUAUGUUAUUACCGUCGAGAAGGGAGUCAUCAUGAUGCAUGAGGGUCAACACGACGAAAACGGGCCCCCCACCGAAGAAGCCGACCUAAUGCACGAAUGCCUCCCUUAUCCCGUCCAAUUCGCCCUCUCCGUACACUUCACCAAGCGCGUAGCCCUCGCCGAACAAGACAUCCUCAGCGGCCUAGAACGCGCCGGCUUCGCACUAGACUUUGGCAUCGACGGUGCUGGCAUCGCCCGCGCAUACAUGACCCGCGGUGGCGGAUACUACAUCGAUGUCGGCUGCAGUCCGCUAAUCGCCUCUGGCAAGAUCAAAGUCAAGCAAAGUCCAGAGGGAAUCUCGCAUUUCACCGAAUCCGGCCUCGUUCUUAAAGACGGUUCGACUCUCCCGGCCGACAUCGUCGUUCUAGCAACGGGGUACGAUAACAUGCGCACAACAGUGCGGAAAGUGCUAGGCGAUCGUGUCGCGGAUCGCUGUCAAGAUGUUUGGGAUCUUGAUGAGGAGGGCGAGAUUAAUGCCAUGUGGCGACCCAGCGGUCACCCCGGCUUCUGGUACAUGGGGGGGAACCUCGCCCUAUGUCGUAUCUAUUCCAAGUUCUUGGCUCUACAGAUCAAAGCCAUUGAGGCUGGGUUGGUGGAUGCGGACCAGACACAGGCGCAGCCGAAAUUGUGAGUUGGUAUAUACUUUCACAGGUAUAAGUAUCUUUUUGUGGGCGUACGAGCAAUAGUGGGGUUGGAUGAUGAUGAUCGUACAGGGCAAGGCGGUGAUACAUGCUACAUGGUAGGUAGAUAAAUAGUUAGAUUCAGUAUUAGUAUUAGCGUUAGCAUUAGGAUUGGCGAUUAGCAUAGAUCAUUAUGGUGAAUAUGAUUGAUUGAAUGGUA